AUGCCGAAGGAAGUCAAACAGAAGUCCGGCCUUGUCGUCGGCCUCAACCGUGGCCACCAGGUCACUCCCAGGACUCCGGCACCCAGGAUCUCGAGGAGGAAGGGUUUCUUGUCGAAGCGCACUGCCUUCGUCCGUGAGAUCACCCGUGAGGUCGCUGGACUUGCCCCCUACGAGAAGCGUGUUAUCGAACUGCUCCGAAACUCCAAGGACAAGCGUGCCCGUCGUCUAGCGAAGAAGAGGCUCGGUACCUUCGGUCGCGCGAAGAGAAAGGUUGACGAGAUGACCAACGUCAUCGCCGAGUCGAAGCGCGCCGCUCACUAAACGGCUUUCAUGAAUGACGGAUGAAGCAACACGGCGACGAUCAAUUUUCCGAUUCUUCCUGGGUGUUAGGUCUUUUCACAUGGCGGCUCGACACGAAUCCGAGACGUCACAGCAUACCCCACAAGGAUGGCACUAUAUCGGAGUAUGGCAAUGAACAAUGAAGGUUCACGUACCUAGCAGUGUCACUCAAAAUCAUGAAAUGUGACGAUUGGUUCACGCCAACAAUACCCUUCCC